AUGGAGAUGCAACGGGUCUACUGGGAUCCGCAACUGGGUUUCCUUUCCCAGCACAUUCUCUUUUAUCAGAAAAUGGAAGCAUUGUUUCGACAGGCAGACCGCCAAUUCGACAUCAAACCCGGCUUCGUCAAAUCACUGGUUUCAUCGCGCAAUUUAAAUCCGGCGCUCACCAAGCGGGAUAUGAUUAACUGCGCCUGGUCACAAAUCCCCGGCUUUGGCGCCGAAAAGUUUAUUACGUCGGGCGAUAAAGUCUACCAGAGCAGGGACCGUUUGCGAAAGGAAGCACGCUCCAACGCGACUUUGAGAAUUUCUCAGGCGCUUUUCUUGGCCAAGCCGGCUUUGAUUGGCUCUGCUGACAUCUCUGUCUCGAAGCUGUGGAGUUUUUUUCGCGGAUAGAGGCAGAAUCUAUGGCCCAGACGUCGAGCUGCCAGCCAGCCUUUUUUAUAAUAUAAUAUGGCUCCAACACAAUAAGCAAC